GGAAAACACAUUUUAGUUCAUGAGCCCUUUCUCCACUGGGUGUGUCAAAAUGUGUGAUAGUAAGCUUCCUUCCUUGUUAUAGCUGUGCGUAGAAGAUGAGCGCUCAGUGUGUGUGUAGAGGAUGGCUGCACAUGCAUCAGCAUCACACGCAUGAGGAGACUGUAAGAGCUGCAGAACCAGCAGGAGAGGACGUUUGAUUGCCUGACGAAAGACUAAAAAAAAAAGUCUUCUCAGUGAGAUUUGAACCAAACCUCCUAAAAUCACGCCUGAUUUUCAAUCAUGGAAUUCAUGCACCCUCUCAGCUCUUCUGUGCCCUGUCCAGAUGUGUACAGCCAGAACAACGGCAGCAUCAUCCUGCAGCAUUAUAACUACACUGGGAGACUGCAGCACAGAACAUCAAACAAGAGCAGCAUCAGCACAGGUGCAGCCUUUCUCCUCUGUAUCAGUGUCCUGAUCAUACUGGAGAACCUGCUGGUGCUGCUGGCCGUGCUGUUACGCGUGCGUAUGCGCCACCGCUGGCUGAACAUCUGCAUCGCCAACAUUGCACUGAGCGAUCUGCUCACAGGUGCAGCAUAUGUGGUGAACAUUUGCAUGUCUGGGCGGCACACGCUGCAGCUCAGCCCGCUCCUCUGGCUCCUGCGUGAAGGACUCCUGUUUGUGGCGUUGGCCGCCUCAGUGUUCAGUUUGCUGCUGAUCGCUGUGGAGCGCUAUGCCACCAUGAUGAAGUCGGAGUCUGAGAACAGAGAAAAAAAGACGUAUCGGAUCUUCAUCAUGGUGACCCUAUGCUGGAUCACAGCGUUCAUCAUAGGCUUCCUGCCUCUGUUUGGCUGGAACUGCAUGUGUGACCUUGAUGAGUGCUCAACUCUUCUGCCUCUGUACUCCAAGAGCUACAUCCUGUUUGCUCUGAUCAUUUUCUUCAUCAUCCUCCUGACCAUUGGCGGCCUCUAUUUCUCCAUCUACUGGCACGUCCGCAGGAACAGCGUGACGGGCUUGGUGAAGGGCAGGAAGCGGUCCAUGCGGCUCCUCAAGGCUGUGAUCUCCAUUGUGGGAGCAUUUAUGCUGUGCUGGGGCCCGUUGUUCAUCCUGCUCUUCGUAGAUUAUUUCUGUUACUCACGCCAUUGCGAUGCCCUCUUCAGCCCACAGUGGGUCAUCGCACUAGCUGUCCUCAACUCAGCCCUCAACCCGCUCAUCUACUCGCUGGGCAGCCAAGAUCUGCGCUUGGCCAUCAAGAGCCUCCUGUGCUGCCUAUGCCGCCCGGACAGCUUCUCGUCAAAGGAGACAUCGAGCACAUCGGUGAGCCGUCACAGCAGCUUGCGCAACAGCUUCAACAAGGUGCGUAACCUGAGCACGAGCCCACAGAGCCAGGAAAGGAGUGGCAAGAAGACCAGGCUGAGCUCCACCACCUCCUGUCUGUCUGCGUCAAGCAUGUAAACCACAUGUUUCACACAUUAACCACAAAGGAUGCACACACCCACAUACACGCACACAUGCAGCCACAAAACGCGCGCGCGCACACACACACACACCCACAUACACGCACACAUGCAGCCACAAAACGCGCGUGCGCACGCACACACACACACACACACACACACACAAGCACACA